AUGUUGCUCUUCGAGAAGCUUCGGGGCAUACAUUUUGGUGGACGUUCUCUCAUAUUCUUCUCAUUUCUUGUGAAUUUGAGCGUUGCAAUUUUUACCUACUACGGUCUAGCCUGGAUCUAUGUGCAGAGGCUGGUAGUUGGAGAGGGGAAUGUGCCUACAACUAACAUCACUUACUUCUACCUUUCCCGCUACCCUCAAGAUUUGAACCGUCUUGUUGAAAUGAGCAAACACCUCGAGGAGAGUGUCAAUAUGUCUCAACAUCAAACUAAUUCUUUCGUACAGGGUGUUAAUGUUCGUUGGAAUGAUUCACUGAACUGUUACAGAGCAAUUAUUUGUAUCACUGUCGUCCAUCUUCUCAGCUUCUUGAUAUCCUUUCUGAAAGUCGACACACACCAAACAAAUUGGGGGAUGUAUUAUUCUACUGCUGUUGUGUACGUUGGCGAGAGUAAGUUGACCACUAUCAUUGGAUUGUCGAUAAUUUUAGUGGUGCUAGACUGUAUGCAAGCGGACAGCAACGUGAAGAUAAUCCUCUACCUCAACGAAUAUUUCAAUACUUUAAAUCGGUAUAAAGUAACGGGAAAUGCCUCUAGUGUGAAAAUGGUCGAUUAUUUGGCGAUUCAUCCGCCAGGACUCUAUUUUGCCGCUAUUAUCCUCCGAAUGACUCUCAAAACAAUAUUUUAUGGUGUUCUAGUUGAGCAAGCAGAUAGAAGCGAUUCAGCAUGGUUACUUCACAUGGCUUUUGGGCAAUUCGUUGCUUGUACCCUCUCCACCACUGUCACGGGCAUCUGCCCUCCUCAGGAUACGCAUCCUGACAAAAAUCCUGCUGAAGAUGCUGAGCGGAAGUUCAUUGAAAUCACCAAGGCUUAUGAGAUUCUCUCAGACCCUCAGAAACGAGCAAAGUAUGAUGCCUACGGUGUCUAUGACUCCAUUGGUGGGAGUCCUUCCAGUGGGGGUCCAUCCCCGGCAGUUACAUUUAACACUUAUCGAGAGAAACUUCUCCCGGCCUCUCGAAGCACUCCGCUUAUGCUUCUCGGGAUUUCUCACUUCUGUUUCUUGUGUCGGCAAAUUCAACCUCUCUGGUCGAAGAUUGCCAGCCGAUACUCCCACCUGGGUGUCACGUUUGGUAUCGCAAACAUUCAGGAAGAUCACGCACUACGAGAAGAACUUAACGUUCUCCACUCUCCUAGUGUCAUCGCUGUAAUUGAUGGCAAAGUGUCUUACUUCAUGCAGUCAGAAUUCACAGAGGAGGCGAUCGUCGAAUAUCUUGUCCAAUCUCUCUUAAGUAUAGGCCCUUUGCGGUCUUCACCACAAAAGGGGUUGCCUAGUACAGCGUUGGGUACACCACUUAUGCAAACAGUGAGUACUGAAGCCGAACUGAAUGUCUUCCAUAUUGGAUGGUUGAAGGAUAGUCGUCCGAGGGCGCUGUUUGUUAAAGCUGCUCCAGGUCCGCCUCUCCGAUUUUGUCUCGCUGCUUUUAGAGCUGUGGACUUCCACGCCUCUGCAUUCGUGGAUGCUCAGAAUUCACUGGCGAAACCGAUUAUCCAACGAUUAAAUUUGAGUAGAAGCGAGGAGAGCAUUGUGGUAUUCCAUGAGUCGCCUGACGAAGUGGUUAUUUCUCACUCCGCCAGCCACCUCCCACGGCAGAUCAUUGACGAUGUGCUGAUGAAGAACAGUCGCCUUGCUGUACCCCGCAUUCUCAGUUCCGCACGCUUCCUCGAUCUCUGCCCUGCUGAUGGCCAUCCGCCCUCCUCUGCUUUUGCUUCCGCAGCUGAAAUCACCAAAGGAACCGUCCAAGAUGGGCAUACAAGUCAUCGACACCUGUGUCUUAUUCUCCUCCUUCAUCAUCACCACGAAAAAAAUCGUGUCUGGUUAGAUCUCCUUCGGUCCGCCCUCGUUCCAUCCAUUCCCCACGCACUUACUACUCCUCUGGGUCUUGCUGACCAUCUCCCAAGAGACUUCAUACCUAUUCUCUCCCCUGCCUACAUACUUGUCGAUCGACAAUCUGCGUGGAUAAACAAUAUCACUGCAUCUUCCACUUGUCCUACGUGUUUGGGAUCUCUGGCAGACCUUGAUGGUCAUCUUCUGGCCCUCUGGCGGAUCUCAUCUAGAGUUCUCGGUUUUCGUCUUCUCCCGAGGAAUGCUAGUCUCCAUCCUGCGGAAAUCUCCUCGGUGGAGGGGUACGCUGAACGACUGAAGAAGACCUUAGCCAGUUUGGUUACGGAUAUGGUAGCAGUAAACAAUUUCUUAAAAUCGUAUGAUGUGAGGAAGGUGAGGAAGAAUGUAGCUGGUUGGUCGCUCGCCUACCUGCCACGAAUGGAGGCGCUUUUAGUAGAUGAACUGGCAGCUCCUCUGUGGUUGCGGAUUAGACUGAAGGCUUGGAGUCUCUGUCGGACUGCGAUAUCAUAUUUUGACAGCAUGUGGGCUGACCCAAUGGAUUUCUUCCUAACCAGCGGUUUCACAUUUAUACUCCUCACUAUAAUCGCUGUCUAUCGGGUGGGAUGGGAUCUUUGGUCGGAGAUUGCUCCUCCAUCUUCUACUCAUUCUUCGAGUCCUCAUUCCCCAUCUAUGAGGGAUUUCCCGUCGCCCAAAGUUCCUUGCAAUGAUAUGGAACCGAAAAACCUUCUCUUGACACCUUCAACCUACGAUCGUCUUGUGUUGGCGGCUCCCAAGGGUCAAUUUAGCAUCCUUCUCUGCACAGACGCUUCUCCUCUUGGUCAACGCCUUGCUGAUCAGUUCUACAACAUUUGUCAUAGCUGUGGCGCUGGGACAAAUGUACCUCUCGUUCCAGCCUGCUUGUUUUUGGAUCGCUACGCUAGCUGGCUGGGAUGGGCGCUGGAGGCAGCUACUAGGAUUCCAUUUCGUCCAUCCUCUUCUAGUACUUCCAAUCAUGUGGCAAUGACAUUCAACCCUGCCAACUGUCGUGGAACUGUACUGGCUGUCAAUGGGUACAGACGAUACUUUCAUAUUUACCACCCCCUCCUGCCAGGAGCUAAAUCAAGGUCGUAUUCUCAGGUGAGCUGUCCAUUUUUCUCUACCACAUUGUAUAAUUUUACCUAUCUACUUGAUUGUUGA